GGGAGGGAAGAUCACAAUCGCAAGAAAAACAAGAAGGCUGCACUUGUUGCAUAUAUUUUUCAAGGAAGCGUCGAGACAUUUUGUUUAGAUAACGCUUGAUUGUAUCAACGAUGAAUAACAAACUCAUAAUAAGACACGCAAAGCAAAUCGUGAAUGUCUGUUUGAAUUCAGAGACGUUUCUUCGUGGAAGCCAAAUGGCACACGUGGCAUCCCGUGAAGACGAUAACGGUCUGUCUCUUGUUGUUGGAAAUGAUGGAUGCAUCAAAGACUUUGGUGCAGACGAUGAAAUCGAAAAAAAAUACAAAGGCUGCGUUUUUGAUAAAGAAAUAGAUGCCAGUGGAAAAACUGUUAUGCCAGGUCUUAUUGAUGGACAUACACAUCCAGUGUGGGUUGGAGACAGAGUUCAUGAAUUUGCAAUGAAGCUAGCUGGUGCAAGUUACAUGGACAUUCAUAAAGCUGGUGGUGGUAUUCAUUUUACAGUUCAGCAUGUGAGAGAUGCAACUGAAGAUGAGCUUUAUGUGAGCCUUUUAGAAAGACUGAAGAGGAUGGUCAAGUGUGGUACCACUCUUGUUGAAGCUAAAAGUGGUUAUGGGCUUGACGUAGAUUCUGAAGUGAAAAUGCUCAAAGCACUUGAAAGAGCAAAAAAGGAAUUUAUGAGUAUUGAGAUUUCAAGCACCUUUUGUGGUGCACAUGCUGUCCCAAGGGGGAAAACAAUGGAAGAGGCAACUGAUGAUGUGAUUAAUGUUCAAAUACCCAAGAUUAAAGAGUUGAAUCAAAAGAAGGAAUUAAGUGUUGAAAAUAUUGAUGUAUUUUGUGAAAAGGGAGUUUUUGAUACUGAUUCGACACGCAAGAUCUUACAAGCAGGCAUAGAGGCUGGCCUAGCUAUAAAUUUCCAUGGUGAUGAAUUGCACCCAAUGCAGUCAGGAGAGCUCGGUGCAGAACUUAAUGCUAGAGCUAUCAGCCAUCUUGAAGAAAUCAGUGAUGAUGGAAUCAAAGCCAUGAGUGAAAAAUCAGUUGUUGCUGUUGUGCUUCCAACCACUGCAUACAUUUUGAGAUUAAAACCUCCACCUGUUCGCAAAAUGAUUGAGGCAGGUGUAGCAGUUGCACUUGGCUCAGAUUUUAAUCCUAAUGCUUUUUGCUUGUCAAUGCCACUAACAAUGCAUUUAGCAUGUAUUGUCCUCCAUAUGUCCAUGAACGAGGCUCUUUCUGCUGCUACAAUCAAUGCUGCGGCCUCUCUUGGACGAUCAAAGACCCACGGUUCAAUCGAAGUUGGGAAAGUGGCUGAUCUUCUAGUUGUCAAUGCACCCAGGUGGCAGCACCUGAUCUACCAAAUGGCAAGUCAUAACGAGCUUAUUAGCUACGUCAUCAAAAGUGGCAGGAUCGUCCACAGUAUCUCGUGAAGACGUGUAAAUGUUUUCGUAGUUUUAGAUGAAUUGCAUUAUUGAAACUUGUUA